AAUUAAAACUCCGCACUGAGUUAAUAUAUUAUUCAUGUGCCUCUCCAUGAAAUGCAUUAAUAUUGUGUUUAAAGUGAAUACAUACAAACUUUGAAAUACAAAAGCGAUCGUAAAAGGGUCAAAAUUGUGAUUAUAACAAUAAGGCAACAUACAAAUCACCCACAACCGUAGCCUUUAAAGCAUCGAAAGAAUAAAAAAUCGAUUGAUACCAAAUUAUAUCGUUCGUUAAAUAAUUUAAUUAGAGUGCCUUCGACGAGACAGAAAGUUUAAUGAAGAAAACAGCGAAGUUAAAGAAUCUUUUUAUUUAGAUAUUUUUGCUUCACGUUUAUGUGUUUAAAGUGCAACGACAAAAAUUCCUUUCGAGAUUUUCGUAAAGCGAAGUAAAAGAACAAGAAGAGAAUUUUAAAAGCGAAACACAAGAAAACGAAUGAGUAGAAACUAGUGGAUCCGGUUUUUCUUACAUCUGAGUCUUUUUGCUGGUGUUUCAUUCUCGUGUGUUGUGAGCCUCGUCGGUUGUUUAUUUACUUUUGAAUUCUUCUAAAGUUUUUUUGUGGCUCAUUGUUUUGUGCCUUUUUUUGCUGCUGCCUUCUCUCGUUGACUGCUAAAGACAUUUAAAUUCGUUAUAACGAAAAGAGGAGAAGUGAAAAUUAUUAUGGCGAGGAAUUCCAUCGAUUAAUAAACGCUGUUUCUCUUUUAAUCUUCGAUUUGGAAGAAGCAACAAUCAACGUGUGUGGAAUAAAUAAGACGAAAUACGUUUGUCGUUUACCGAAUGCAAAAGUGAUAAAAGAAAAUUUUGUGAGGUGAUAAGAGAGAAUAAAAAAAUGGCUAUGAUGAUAGAAACAGCUGAUCAAACAGCAACAUUCGGUGAUGACUCAACUCGAAGAAGAUCAACGUUUUACGUUCCUUUGGGAUCGACAGAAGAUUUAAGUCACGAUGAAAAUGAUCGACACAAUAAACAUGUCAAUGAUGAAAUUUACAAUCCAAAUCUUAGCGGAUAUUCGUGUGAUUGGAGUUUGAAUGAUUCAAUUGAAAGCUCAGAAAUGAUGACAGUGUCACGAGAGAAAUCACAAUUGAGCUGUGAUGACAGCAAUCGAUUGAAAAGAUAUGGAAUCGUACUAAAUGGAAGUGUAAACAUUGAUGACAGUAAUUUGGAAGUUCACGCAAAUCACAAACGUACGAAAUCGAAAAACUUGACAUCAUCAACUCCCAUCAAAGAUCCAGCGAAAUCGAAACAGAAUGAAGUGUCUGAGUCAUCACCAGUCGCAGCUGCGACUACAACAACAAAUCCUAUUAAAGAGAAAUCAAAAACGCUUCCAAUGAAAGAGACGCAAAUUACUUCUGCUGCUUUCCCACCAAAAACCUCCUUCAUUCUUAAAUCAACACCUAAGAUUUCAUCGUCAAACAACAACUACUCGUCACUUUCAGACACAUCAGCACUCAUACAAUCAGAAAAGAAAACGGUAGCAAUGCCAAAAAAGUCGUUGAGCUUCAUCCGGCGUACACACUCAACAAAAUUGUCACGUAACAAUUCGCUACUAAAAUCGUUGACGUCGAAGUGUGUUGAGCAUUCGAAUGAAAGUUUAUCAGUGAACGUUUAUGAUUUAUCGGUCGAACGACUGGCACUGUACCUGAAGGCAGACAAUUGUGAUGAUUUGAUGAAGGAGCUUUUCUUCCGAGAAUUUUUCGACACGUCUUCGUCAGAUAGCUGUGGAAAAUGUCCUAAAGAAAAUGAUGAUGACGAUGAUGAUGCUAUGAAGAAGGACACAUCAUAUGAGAAAGCAUGCCGACGCGGAUCAGCACCAAGCACUCCAAUGCUUACGCAAAAACCUGAAUCAUCAGCAUCGCGAUUCACAAUCUUUUUCUCGAAACGUCUGAGCUCGUUUAGAUCAAAUCCAUUGAAGCGAACGAAAUCGGUCACAAAGUUGGAGAGAACAAAACGAGGGAAUGGAAGUGGCGGCAGUGGUGGUGGCGGCAUUAGAGGAUCGAGAUCUCACGAGAGUUUACUCUCAACGAAUCACGCUGUCAUGUCGACAAUCGAUUUAUCAGUCAUUGGAGCUGUUGGUGUCGCACCAGUUCACUCAUCUGUUCUCGGACGUCGUCAUUGCUUUCAAGUUCGGGGUGGACCUCGUGGGGAACGUUACUACAGCUGCGGAUCACGACAAGAACGUGACUUGUGGAUCUACAGUCUACGAAAAUCAAUUCAACCGAAUGCUGAAAGCAUGCGACGUACCGACAAUUCACUUAAAAUGUGGAUCUAUGAAGCAAAAGCUUUGCCACCAAAGAAGAAAUAUUUCUGUGAGAUUUGUCUCGACAAGACGCUCUACGGUCGAACGUCAGUUAAACUGAAAACCGAUCUGUUAUUCUGGGGUGAACAUUUUGACUUUCCCGAUAUACCUGAAAUCAACGUCAUUUACGUGAACGUUUUUCGUGAAGGUGAAAAGAAGAAGAAACGUGAUAAGCACGUUUUAGUCGGCACAGUAAAAAUUCCAAUUCAUGAAGUCACGAGUCGAACGUUUUCUGAAGAUUGGUAUCCGAUUCUCUCCGACAAACAUGACAGUUUGAGCAAAAGCUCAGGAAAGGAUCCAAUUCCAACGCUUCGAAUCAAGUGUCGCUUUCAAAGUAUUGACGUUCUACCGCUUGAAGUUUAUUCACCGUUUCAAAGUUACUUGAAGGAAAACUAUAAGAAGAUUUGCGAGGGUCUUGAACCGGUCAUUGGGGUGAAGGCUAAAGAAGACAUUGGACAAGCUUUGGUGCUGUUGAUGCAUCAUCAAGGAAUGGCAGCUGAAUUUCUAACAGAAAUCAUUACGUUAGAUUUGCUUCGUGUUGGUGAUCAACGUUUGACCUUCCGUGGAAAUUCAUUGGCAACAAAGAGCAUGGAAGCAUUUUUGAAACUUACUGGCGAGCAGUACUUGCAAGACACGUUAUCAGCACCAAUUAAUGAAAUUAUUUCAUCAGAAAGAGACUGCGAAGUUGAUCCAUUAAAAGCAAAUGGUUCGCUGUCAAGACAACAACAAUCAUUAAGAAGUGCAGUGAAGCUGGCUUGGAAUUCAAUUGCUGAAAGUCACCGACAUUUUCCAACACAACUUCGAGAAUGUUUUACAACGUUCCGUGAACGAUUGGAAAACAUUUCUCGUGAAGAUAUGGCUGACAAUUUAAUAUCCGCAAGUAUUUUUCUUCGCUUCCUUUGCCCCGCAAUUUUAUCGCCGAGCUUAUUUAAUAUUACAAAUGAAUUGCCUUCGCAAAGAGCAACACGCAAUCUUACACUGGUUGCGAAAACACUUCAAACUCUCGCAAACUUUACAAGAUUCCAAGGAAAGGAAAAUUUCAUGGAGUUUCUUAAUGAUUUCCUUGAACAAGAAGCGCCGAAAAUGAAGGAAUUUUUAAUGAAAAUCUCAACUCGAAUGGACCAUCAAUCAUCCGACUCUAUUCUUGAUUGGUCUGGUUACAUUGACCAAGGAAAGCAAUUGUCGAUUCUUCAUUCUUUACUUGUUGAAAAUUUCCCAAAACUUCCCCAACAAAAACAAAAUGAAAUGUCACAACUCACUGCAAUAUUAGAUCGAAUCAGUCAGAUUAAAGAAUUGACAGAGAAUAAUUAUCAAAGACAUUUAAGUGAACAGAACUUUAUGUCGAUGGAGAGACUUAAUGGACAUCACAAAUCUUCAACAAGUUCUUUACAUACAUCGUCGAACCCACCAACAGGUGAAAGAGGAAUCAUGAGAGGUGUUUUAACACCAAAUUCUUUGCAGAAGAAUAUUUUCUGCUAUAAUGACCCAACAGUUUAUUCAUUGCUUAAUGGAGGUGAUCAAAAGAUGGCCUUUAAUCCUCUUCAACAUUCCCAUUCAACGUCAAGUAUCCAAUCAUCACAUCAAAACUUAUCGACGAUGAACAACAUUACAAACAAUAAUAAUGUUCAACAUCACAAUAUAACAAGCACAAAACGAGAUAAUUAUUAUCAAGUUACAAGCAGUUUAGCUCGUAAUGAGCCGAAAAGCCCUGCAGGUUCUUCAAUUAGAGCUAAUACAUUGCCUCGAAACAAUCAGCAGAUACAAAACGAUGAAUCAAACAUUAUUCAAAUUGGAUUAGAUCCAAGUAAUCCAUUUUCGAGGAAAAGUCCAACACCAAGAAUUCAUCAAGGCACAGGAUUGUUGACGACAACAAAUGGAAAUGGAAAAAUUCCUCCUUACAAUGGUCGUCAAUUGAAUGGAUCACAAUUGAGCUUGUUGAGUGACCGAUCACAGCAUCAGUAUUUCCAUCCACCACAACAUCACCAUGUGCAUCGUACAAAUGGCUUAAGUCUUGGAAUUCCACAUCAAGAAGCUUCAUCUUCAUAUGAAUCACCGAACAGUAACAUGCCAAGAGACUUAGAAGAUUUUGAUGAUCUGAUUAAAUAUAGUGAAGAAGUUGAACAACGUCAACAGCAACAACAACCGCAACAUCACAAUCACCCUAGCUUGAAGGGAAAAGGCAGCAACGUUUCAAUUGGUGGACAUUCAUCUGGUUACCAAUCAAUUCAAACUCAAUCACAGAGUUCAAGUCCGAUUGAAAUAACGACUACAAAUGGUGUUAAUAAUAACAAUAACAACAGUAACAGUAACAACGCACCUUCAAUAAUCCAACAGAAUAUUGAAUUCUUUAAUAAAAUUCAAGGUUCGAGUUCGUCAAGUAAUGCAAGCACAAGUAAUCGACCGACAAAAUUAAAUGGAAAAUAUGGAUACAUUAAUCCGAAGUAUUCUGUUGUUCCACCAUUGGCAUUUAAGAAUCCACUCUAUCAAAUGCAAAAUGGAGCGAUUAAUAAUAUCGAUGGCAAAAGUUCAUCGUUGACGCCCUCAAGCAGUGAUGAAAGAAUCGCAGCAAUCGAUGAGAGGCAAAACAUGAUGAACAAUAACAACAUCGUAUCAUCAUCAAGCAAUGUUCAGGGAAUCAUUGAUUCAGCAUCGUUAAACGGUAGAAGAAUGGGAAGCAAUCGAAUGCCAAGAACAAAUCCUUUAGCUCAGUAUAAACGAGAUGAUGGACUUUACGACAAUCAUUUGAAUCAUCAGAAUAAUAAUAACAAUAGUAAUAGUCAGUUGGCUUUCUUCAAUAAUCGAUAUGAACGUCGUCUAAGUGUUGAAUCAGCAAGAACACUCUCAGAUAGCUCAACUGAUACUGAAGGAAAAAUUCAUCACAAGGAAAAUAAACGUAGGAAGAACAAAUCCGAUAAGUCAAUCGAACAAUGUGAACGAGAAAUUUUCCGUCUGCAAUCGAGUGUUGAUGUUUUAAGACGGAAGCUUGAAGAGUCAGAAAUUAAAGAGACCAGUGACAGCAUUGACGCAAUUACACAUCAAAGUGACAACAAAAUACGAAGCAUUAUAUCAAGAUUGUUGGCGAUGGAAGAAGAACUCAGACGUGAGCAAUAUAAAAUGUCGUUGAUCAUAAAUCAUAAGCAACGCGUUAUUGAAGCACAGGGACAACAAAUAGCUGAGCUUGAUGCUGCUAAUAAUCGUCUCCUGACUGAACUAUCGUGUUUGCGUAAUCGUUAUGAAAUGAAGAGUGGAAUAUACAGCGAUAAGCAAGCUGUGACUGUCACUGAAGAUGAUGACACGACCAAUUUUUAAAUUAUAUAAGAAAAAAAGAAAACAACCAUAAAAAAAGAUAAAAAUGCCAAAAAUAUUUUUCAAGAUUCACAAUUCAUGCAAAUGAAAAGCUUUUCCUUCUCCACCGUCGAAGGUUUCUUUUGUACAUACACUCAUGCUUUACUUAAAUAGAUGACGGUUUAUAUUUAUCAACCAGACAUGUGAAUAAGGAAAAGUAUAAAAUUUUUUCAUCUGACCAUUUCAACUUUUUAAGAUAUAACACGAAAAUUUGUUUUUCUUUUUUUUCAACCAAAGACAAGAGAACAGAGAGUUUUGUUUUUCUCCUCCAGUUACAUUAAUAAAUAAAAAUAACUUUAGCGUUAAAGUGAACAAAGAAAAGCUUCGGUAGAAAAAGCUUUUUAUAACUUUACAACUCUCAAAUGCAAACACUUUCCUGCAUUUUCCGUUUAAUUAAAAAACUUUUCUUUUGUUUUCAUUUAUAAAAUGAAUAUGUGGGAGUUGAAUAUGUAGAGUUGAUUAUCAGUAAUAUUAACGCCUAAAAUUAAUCUUUUUGUAAUCCUUCGCGACCGAUUUUUGUUUUCGUUUUUUUGCAAUUAAAAAAGUCACUCUAAUUAAAUUAUGUAAAACUUUUUUUUUUCUGUUAGAGAAGCGAGUUGAAAGUAUUAAUUAAUGAAGCAGAGAAAAUAUUAUCAUUGCUUUUUGUAAUAAAUUAAAUUUGUAAUGCAAAUAAAAUGUGCAGAGUACAAUAUGCGAGUAAAUUUCAACGAAACUUUUUUCCAGGGGUGGGUCGAUUAAGGGGCUGACAACUUCGUUGUUUCUUCAAAUCUUU